GAAUAAUUUAUAUUUUGAGAAUAGUUUGCAGAAUUAAAACGAACUAAAUUUGUAAUAAAAGAGAGUAGUACCUAAAGCUCGGUUUGUCGAACCAAAAACAAAUUACGAAGCCUGACUGUUUCCUUCCUCGCAUUUCCGUCCAUCGUCUUCUCCAAUCGCGAGCGACGACCCAACCAAAUCCGAAGCAAUUCCCAAUUCCCACCACGACACGAGCUCGCCUGAGAGAACAAUCCUCAGGCCUAGCGCCGAGAUCUCCACCACCACCAAAUCGGACUCGGAGCGGAUUCCAUUCCGAGCACCGGCAGCCGCCCAGCAGCUGAGAGGAGAAGAAAUCGGAAUCCAGCCCAUGGAGUUCGAGCCGGAGGAGCUCCAGUUCCUGGGCGUCGCGGGCAUCUACCGCGCCUCCGCCCAGAUCCUGCGGGGCUCCCACCGCCCGCUCUUCGCCCGCAUCGCCGCCGCCUUCGUCCUCCCGCUCUCCGCGCUCUUCCUCCUCCACAUCGCCAUCUCCCACGCCCUCUUCACCCACAUCGAUUCCGACGACACCGCCCUCGACUCCACCGUCUCCCCCGCGCAGCGGGACCGCCUCCUCAGCCGCCUCGCCUCCGACUGGGCGGCCCUCCUCCUCUUCAAGGCCGCCUACUUCCUGGCCCUCCUCCUCCUCUCGCUCCUCUCCACCGCCGCCGCCGUCUUCUCCGUCGCCUCCGUCUACUCCGCUAAAUAUGAUGCCCUCUCCUUCCCGCGGGUGCUCUCCGUCGUCCCCCGCGUCUGGCGCCGCCUUGCCGCCACCUUCCUCGCCGCCUUCGCGCUCCUCUUCGCCUACCACGUCGCCUUCCUCCUCCUCUUCCUCGCGCUCCUCAUCGCCGCCGACAACGGCUCGGGGAUCGCCGGGCUUCUGGCCUUCCUCCUCCUCGUCGCCUACCUCGCGGGCCUCGUCUACCUCAGCGUCGUCUGGCACCUCGCCAGCGUCGUCUCCGUGCUCGAGGACUACAAGGGCUUCCACGCCAUGCGCAAGAGCAAGGACCUCAUCCGCGGCAAGCUCUGGACGGCCGCAGCCAUCUUCGCCACGCUCAACCUCGUCUUCGCCGUCGUCGAGGUCGCCUUCCGCGCCUGGGUCGUCCGAGGCGCGACCCAUGGUGUCGGCGCCGGGGGCAGGCUCUUCCUCGGCCUCCUCAUGCUCGCGGCGCUGUGCGCGGUGGUGAUGCUGGCGCUGGUCACGCAGACGGUGGUCUACCUGGUGUGCAAGAGCUACCACCACGAGAGCAUCGACAAGGCCAACAUCUCCGACCACCUCGAGGUCUACCUCGGCGACUACGUCCCCCUCAAGGCCUCCGACGUCCAGAUGGAGCAAUUUCAGGUCUGACUGCACUGCAUCUCAGCAUCUGCUCCGCUUCAUUGGAAAUCCUGUAUUUUUGUAUUUUCAUCAGCUCGGAAUCUGUUAUUGUACACUCCAACAUGAACAUAGUACACAUAGAAUUUGGAAUUUGGGAGGACGGUGGGCAUAUUGGUUGGGAGAAUAAUCAUGACUUGUAAGAGUUGCUGUAGAUUUUGCUGGUUUUGAUUCACGCAACAGGAACAAUGAAAAUAAAGGAAAUGAAGGUAGGUUAAUUCAUCAGUUCCUGUUCCUUAGUGAUACAAAGCAUACUCAACUUAUGAACUUCUACUAUCAGCAAUUGGAUGUUCCAUUAUCAUCAUCAUUGUAAAUGUGGGACUGCAGCAUGGGAAUGCAUGAUACUACCUUAGUAAUCUAAUCACCAUUACUCUGAA